AUGGCAUAUCAGCAAACCGAGUCAGCACCGUGGAGAGGGGUGACCAGAUCUCCGCCCAAUUAUACCCGCGUCGACUAUGGUCGAUUCCCUGACAGUGUUCCGCCUCUUAUACCUAUCGGACAAACAUCAAAAAUCGGAAAGGUUGAAGUUGAUUGCCGGUUCCUAUGCUCGAGGUCCAGAUGGGGCAAGAUGUCUAAGGGCGGACCAGAAAAUCCCCAGCCUAGUGACACUUAUCCCGCCGGCAUCCUCUACCUUGACCUGGCCUUCCGUCAACCUGCUGACUGCAGGCUUCAGUCAGCAACAAUCGCGGUAACCCUGGGGAGAGAUGAUGAUGCGCUCCAUAGGAGCGAGCCGGCUGUCUUCAUGACCGGACACUUUGGCCCGGGACAACUGAGCGGACCCAAACAAACAAUUCAAACCCGACAACUGGACGAGCUCAUACCCACAAUAGGAAUAGGGAACCUGUUCGAGGUUGGCGGCGUUGGCAGGCAAAAAGAAAAACUCCAGACCAUUGCUGACAGCUGGCGUUUCUCUGGCCAUCUCAGGUCCGUCGACGGGUGCCCGAACUACAAUAGGCUGGAGUGGUUUCUUGACGAGUGCUCUCUUGAGAAGCGACCAACACAUGGCUCAACCUUCCACACAGCUUUUGCCAUCGGGCACAACGCGAGGGCCUUCCAUCUAACGGUGGAGGUAACCGGCACGCUCGCAAGGAAACGGGACAAGUUCAAAAGCUGGUCGAGGGAGAUAUUCAAGUUCGGGGGAAGUAAACACACGCCACAAAAACAAGCAUCCAUCCAGUUCCAAUGGAGCAACGGAUAUUCCGCGACCAAAUUCCCCUUGGAUAUGGAAGCCCAGUAUCUUUCUCAGACCAUGGAUGAGGCAAAUAUACAUAGCAUUCCAAUGGUGAUCCCGGAGCCCCAACAAGCCACAUUCUAUCCAGCUACGCAUCGAGAGGCGACGACCGACACUCGAACGACGUCUGUCCAUCACGACAACGUGGCAUCUCGUCCAACAGCUAGCGAUAACAUUGCUGAAGCAAGAAUUCCGCGGCUCCAAGCAGAUACACCACCCAGGCUACUGGGUCUGACCAAUGCUCUCCCAAACUUGAUGCCAUCAACGCACGAGAGUAUGGCCAGAGCCGCUGGACUGGACUUCGUUGGCGGUUCUGAUUCGCCAGAGCACCUUGACAGCCCCAAUCUUCUCCCGAGGUCGGCGGUUUCGAGCACGACACUGGUCGAUAACAGUCAGGACAGUGAAAGUCCGUGGGAGUUCAGCCCAGCUCCCCGACGGACAAUGGAGAGACAAGCCAAAACAAACGACGCGCCCAGUACAUACAUGACGAUGGAGGGGAAGAAUCAUCCGAGCGAUACGCCGCCGAUGGACGCACGCACUUUGCUAGGGCUUCUUGUCGCCAUCUGGGAACUCAUCUCUGCUAUGCUUGGUGUUGCUGCCUUUCCGGGGAAGGCUGUGAGGAUGGAGGAGGCUGAAGAUGGCAAGGAAAACGACACGAAAAGGAGAAAUAUCGGCAUACAAAUCAGCGGCCAAAGAGGAAAACACUUCGUCGAGGACUCUGAGACAGAGACACCGGGUUUCAUGGCAUCAGACCGUGCUUGGCAAAACCGAAGGAAAGAUAGGCUGGAGCGGCGAUGGACUUGA